AUGAGUUAUGUCGGGCAAGAAGAACAGUCUGCCACGAUUACAAUUACGGGAAUGUAUUCCCAAUUAGCGAUCAAUACUGGCUUAGGUCUUGGAACUCUAAUAAUUUUUGGAAUUCUUAGACCUAGGAAUGGGAUUGUAUACGCACCAAAACAAAGAUAUUCUCCGGAGAAAAAACAGCCACCAAAGAUCGAAACAGGGCUCUUCUCUUGGAUUAAACCAGUAAUUAGUGUACCAGAAUCACAAUUGAUAGAGAAAAUCGUACCAUUAAAUGUCUACGGUACAUUACAAGAUUCGGACAACAAAUUUCCUACAAGUGAUAACCCUCUUCAAUUUCUCAGCAUUUCUUAUCUAUCAAGUGAAAAAUGGUUUUGGAUUCAUGUUUCAUUCACAUGGAUAUUUUCAGCCCUUAUAUAUUGGCUCGUUUAUAGACAGUAUAAAGAUUAUGUAGAAUUAAAAGUGGCCUAUUUCGAAUCUGAAGAAUAUCAAGCUUCUUUACAUUCAAGGACAUUAUUAAUCACCAAUGUACCGCAUUCGAUGCAAUCUGAUCAAGGUUUACUAAAACUAAUGGAAUCCUUAAAUGUCAAAUAUCCCAUUUCGGAUGCACAUAUAGCUAGAGAAGUAGGAAAACUACCUAAAUUACUCAAAAAACAUGAUUCUGCUGUUCGUAAGUUGGAAUCAGUUUUAGCCAAGUAUCUGAGUGAUCCUGAUAAUAUUCCAGAAACACGACCGCAUCAUCGCCAAGGAGGUUUACGCGGGACUCCUGUUGAUAGUAUUGAUUAUUAUACACAAAGGAUUCAGUCUCUUGAAAAUCAAAUUUUUGAGUGUCGUAAUUCUAUGUCUGAUAGAAAGCCAUUGAACUAUGGUUUUGUUUCUUUUACCAACAUUCCCGACGCCCAUAAGGUUGCCAAAGAAUUGAGGGAUCAAUCACUAGUUCAACGAACUCAGAAUGUUAUCUCUCCAAAAGUAAGGCUUGCUCCAUUGCCAAAAGACAUGAUAUGGAGUAAUUUAUCAUUAUCUGAUGCUAUCAGAGGACCCAAAAUACUUAUUGGGCAUGCACUUUUUAUCGCGUUAUGUUUUUUCUGGCUUGUUCCUAUAACUUUUAUAUCCACAUUUGCUCAAGUCAAAAACAUUGAAGUUAUUUUUCCAUUUGCGAGGGGUUUAAGUAAUAAUGGGUUUAUCUCUGGCCUCUUACAAGCCUGGAUGACCCCACUUCUAUUGGCUUUAUUUUUCCUUAUAUUGCCUACAAUUCUUCGUCAGCUUGCUAAACAACAGGGAAAAAUAACUAAAUCUUCACUUGACCGGUCUACACUUGGGAAAUUGUAUUUGUUCUUCAUAAUAAAUAGUAUCAUUAUUUAUACUAGCGCAUCAACAAUCAUUGAUACAUGGACAAAAAUCAAGUUAAAGAUCGAUGAAGGUGAUACAAACUUACGAGAUUUUUAUUUAGUCAUCAAACAAUCUAAAUUCCUUGACGAACUUGCGGAUUCGAUGAUAAAAGUUUCUACUUUUUGGAUCAAUUAUAUUUCUUUGCGUGGUGUUGCUGCAGUAUUUGACUUGGCACAAGUCGCUUCUUUGGUGUUAAAGUUUAUACAAAGAAGAGUCGUUAGACCUACUCCUCGAAAUCUUAAAGAAUUUUCGCGUCCACCGGAUUUUGAUUACCCUGUAUAUUAUAACCUUCAUCUGUACGUUUUUACAACAAAAGUUGAAACAGCCGGUUCAUUUUGGCGAUUGGUUUUUAAUCGCAUUGUUAUUUCAACGAUAUUUUGGCAACUUGUGAUGGUUGGAGUGAUGAAUCUGAAAGGAGCUGGUAUUCAGUCUAUUAUAAUCAUACCACUUCCAUUUCUCACAAUAUUAUUUAAAAUUAUUUGUUCCCGUCGAUUUGAUCAAAAAAUUCGAUAUUAUACUCCAACUGAAACAUAUUUGGAAAAUGUAAUGAAUGAAAAGAAAAAUAUUGAUCACUUGUAUGAAAAAGUUUCUACAAGAUUUGACCAUCCAUCAUUAACAACUGAAAUAAUUACGCCAAUGGUUCAUUCAAAUGCUAAAGACGCAUUAAGUAAGGUUUAUCAUGGACGUAAGAGUGAGACAAAAGUGAGCCGACGAGGAACUAUAAAAUCUAUAUCAAUGUUUUUCGAAGGAAACAAUGCAUUAAAAAUUCAAACAGUAGAAGAAAGUGAAUUAGAAGUUGAUGAAGACGCAUAUCUUGAGGAACAAAAUCCUGGAUAUUAUACAAAUCAAGAUGAAUCAGAAUCCUAUUCAUUACCUCAGAAUCAACAAACGUCAACUUCUUAA